CUUGGCUGGGGCGCGCGGGGUUGGCGCCCGCCCGCGCCACUUCCGACGCCGCCCUCGGUUCAGGUUCCGGGGCGCCGCGGAGCUCCCGGCCUGUGGAUCGCGCGCGGCGCCCUUCCGUUCCGGCGCCACGCGCCCCGCCGCGGCGGGGAUGGAUGAGGCCGGAGCGGCGGUGGCCACGGCGGGGGAGGCCGAACUGAACUUGUCCCGCCUUAAUGUGUCCCCGGAGACUCUGGAGUUGGAGCUGGAGGUGCGGAGCGAGGAGCGGCGCGGCGCCCGUGAGGCGCUGCUCCGGCUGCUACUGCCUCAUAACCGUCUGGUGUCGCUGCCGCGGGGGCUGGGCAGCGGCUUCCCGCACCUCCAGCUGUUGGACGUGAGCGGCAACGCGUUGACCGCGCUCGGGCCGGAGCUGCUGGCGCUGAGCGGCCUGCGCACGCUGCUGGCCAAGAACAACCGGCUCGGCGGGCCCGGCGCGCUGCCCAAGGGCCUGGCCCAGUCGCCUCUCUGCCGCAGCCUCCAGGUGCUCAACCUCAGCGGAAACUGCUUCCAGGAGGUGCCCGCGUCGUUGCUGGAGCUCCGCGCGUUGCAGACCCUCAGCCUGGGUGGCAACCAGCUGCAGAGCAUCCCGGCCGAGAUCGAGAACUUGCAGAGUUUAGAGUGUUUAUAUCUUGGAGGAAACUUCAUCAAAGAAAUCCCACCAGAAUUAGGAAAUCUGCCUUCUCUAAGUUACUUGGUAUUAUGUGACAACAAAAUCCAAAGUGUGCCUCCUCAGCUUUCACAGUUGCAUUCACUUCGUUCCCUCAGUCUUCACAAUAACUUGCUGACGUACCUGCCUCGAGAGAUCCUCAACCUUAUUCAUUUGGAAGAAUUGAGUUUGCGAGGAAAUCCAUUGGUUGUUCGUUUUGUUAGAGAUUUAACCUAUGACCCUCCAACUCUCCUGGAAUUAGCUGCACGGACCAUUAAAAUUCGAAAUAUUUCGUACACUCCCUACGAUCUUCCUGAGAAUCUUCUUAGAUACUUGAGUUUAGCCAGCAAUUGCCCAAACCCAAAGUGUGGAGGAGUCUACUUUGACUGCUGUGUCAGACAAAUUAAAUUUGUGGACUUCUGUGGGAAGUACCGCCUCCCCCUGAUGCACUACUUAUGUUCCCCAGAAUGUUCUUCCCCUUGCAGUUCCGCCUCUCAUAGCUCCACAUCGCAGAGUGAAUCUGACUCGGAGGACGAAGCUAGUGUUGCUGCGCACAGAAUGCAGAAAGUUCUUCUUGGUUGAAAAGAAAACAGGGUGGUAUGAAACAUUAAAAGAACUGAGCAAAGGUGAUUAGAAAAGAAAAUAGACUUUGAAAUUCACUAGGAACCGUCACUAGAAACCGUAUCUUCAUCUUGGAUGUCCAUGAAAGCAUCGGAGAUGAUGGAAGAGAUUUUGUAUUUCAUCUUCCCAAUUCAGCAGGAAUGAGUCCAGUUCCGUGUUUGGAUUCUUUGAAUAUAAUUAACUCUGAAUGACAGUUUCAAAUUUAGCUGAUUGUUUGCAAUUUUCACUCAAGUUAUGCAUGAAUCACACAGCACAAUGGAGCAUUCUGAAGAGCAGUGCUCUAAUAAACCAUGAGCGGUGUAACUUGUGACGGUUGAGAUGAAGAAAGAAAUGAUCAGAGCUGUAAUUAUUACCAGAGUUGUCCUUGGGUUUAAACUGAACACUAUACCUUAACAGGGUUAGCUCUCCCUCCUUGUAUUGCCCAUGUGUCUACAUUACAGAGCUAUUCAGAUAAGCUCACAGAUGGAUACAUAGGACCUAACCCUUUCUGACCUACUAACUGGUAAAGUAAGGGAUAUAACUUUUAUGUGGGAUUUUAAAACUUUCAGUUCUGCUCUUUUGUUCUAUAUGAUUGCUGUUUCCUUUCUAUAAUCCAGCAAUGACUGUUAUAGUGCCUUAAUCCUAGCAAGAUUUUAGAAAUUUAUUCAAGGAAUGAUGCCAGAGCAGCCUAUAUAACCUGACAUACUAUGCAGAACACUUUAAAAUAUGCUUUAACAGAACUAGGUAAACAGCUGUAUAUCUGACAUACGAGUUCAUGGCCACCUUAACUUGAAUUUUUUGUUUAAACAUGGAGUGAUCCCCUUGUAAGAAAAUCACUUUUACACUAAAUGGGAAGCAACAGUCUUGAUUAAUCUUUUAAUCAUAAGACAGAAUAAUAGCUUUUGAUUUAAAAAUCUGUCAGAUUUCUUUUGACAGAAAAGAGAUGUAAGCUUAGCUUCUUUGUAUUUUGCAUUAAAGGAGUGGGAAAAUGAUUUUAAAACUUUUAAGUCAUGUCUGACUCCUUUGCCUGUGUGUACUGAACUGUAACUUCCUCUACAUUUUAAAGAAAAACUAGAAAACCAUUACAGCAAGCCAAAUCAAAUCGUGGGCCGUCAUCAAUUGUGUAAAGACUUUAAAGCAGUCUUUCAAUUGUGUGAAAUAGGAUAAUUUCCAAAACUAGUUUAACCAUGGAAUACUUUUUGAAAGUAAUGUGUUGAUAACAUAAGAAAUUUGUUAAAUAUAUCCCUAAAGUGUAGCAGAAAAGUGUUUCAUAAAUUAAUUGCUAUUAGAAAUGACCAAAUUUUUAUUAACUAGUUAAUUUGCAAUAAAAAUUGAAUAGUGCAAUUAUAAGUUGAUAUUAUAAAAUACACAACACAUACUAGCAGUCAUUAGAUAACCAAUAAUAAAAUGAUGGCGUUUUUUUGUUUUUUUUGUUUUUUUUUAAUAAAAUGAUGUUUUAUUGGUAAAUAUUGCUUAUACAAUAAUAUGUAGGUCAGACAUGCUUUAGAACAUCAGAGGAUCUCCCUUCUGACUUCCUGGCAUUCACAACUGGGGCACACCAUUUCUUAAAAGCGAAUUGUUGUAUAAUAAUAAUAAUGUACAUAUGUUAGGUUUUUGUCUUGUGUAUUAUUUUUUACCUUAGAAGAAAAUAUAUUGUAGGGUAGUUCAGUUUAUUAUAUGUUAUUCAUGAAACAUCAUGGAGUUUCAUGACUGCAGUUGUGAAACGCUGCUAUAGAGUGAAUCCCUUCACCUUGUUAUAAUGUAGUCUUUUUUCCUUUUAUUUCAGAAAUUUUCUAGGUAUAUAGAAGUAAUCUAGUAUGUUUCUGCUGCCUAGCAAAGUAGUACAUGGGUGAUUAGAUCAUAAAAUGAAAGUAAUGUAAAAGUCUUUGUUUACCUCUCCAUUUGAGCCAUAGCAUGCUGCAUACAAAAUUAUGAAUGGUAAAGAUAACUUAGGCAGUGCCUAAGUGAAAAGACCAAAAUGUUUUGUACCCGACUUCGUUAAUUCCAAUACAUAAAAUAUUUUCAUAGAAAAUAAUGUAUUCGUAGUAAAAUACCCAAACCCAUAAGACCAAAUCCCCCCNCCCCCCCCCCCCCCCCCCCCCCGUUUAAAUGACUCAGUUUACUUCCUAAUCCCUUACCCGCUUGGGUAAUCUUCCAAGACUUAGUCUUUGUAAAAUAAAUGGGUAGGCAUGUAAGUGCAAUUAAGUACUUCCCAGCUUCCCAGAAGAAGGCAUACUGAUUGAUCUUUUACAGAUGUAAAUAGGUCCAACCAGAAACAAUUUCUGGCCUUUGCUAGAUAUGCAGAUGUAUACCAUAAUAUACAAUAACAUGUUUGUUGUGCCUGUACAUUUGAAAAUCUAAGAUUAGUGUGCAACUGUCUUUUUAGUGACUUUUACUGAAAUCUGCAUUUCAGUUGUCAAUUCUAUCUUUUUUUAAAUCUUUGACCUAAACUUUUAUCAGAGCUGCUAAUAAUUUCUAAGAUUUUCCCUAUUUCUCUUCUCUGCCUUCCUUUUUUUUUUUUUAUAACUGGUGAUUGUAGAAAUUAGCCAGAACAUGUACAAGGGACUUGAUAGUUUAGAAACCAGAUAAUCAACUCCUAAAUCAUAUAGCUGAUUAUGUAUUUGAAAUAUUCUUAUCGCUUUAGUUGCUGAGUCAUAUGUUUGUGUUUAAGCUAGUUAAUAAACUUUGAGUCUUGAGAAUCUGCACUAGUUUUCAUAAUGAAAUAAGUUUUUGAUAUUGCUCCAAUUGGACAGUUUUAGUGGCCAGAACUUCUGUGGAUAAAACUACUUAACCACAGCAUUAAUAAUGUGUUCAGAAUGGACUUGAUCUUCAGUGUUAAUAUUUGAAAUGGAAAUGGGUGCAUUGAACAUUCUUAGUAAUCUUUAUUCCUAGAAUCCAAUCCUCAGUGUCACCAACUCUGUUCGAAUAGUUCUAGGAUUUUAAGAAAUAAGAAGUUUAGCUGAUAACAAUAUUUUGCUGCCAUGGUGCCAGGGAUUGGCUGACCUAAGGACAGGCUAGUCAAGGUUCUUAGGAUUCCUUGUAUUUGAAUAUCAGAGGUAGAUCUGAGGGUUAGUUCAUAUUUUACUUCUGAAUGUGUGCCAGAGGAGUCUCUUAUUCUGAAAUUCUUACUAUUUGGAACUUUAAAUUACCAAAUGUAAAAGUAAAGAUGCAUUGUAAACUGUACCUCAAAUUGGAGAAAUUUUUAUGUCAUUGUAAAUAAUAAAAGGCAGUCCACACUAGCGCAGUGUAAGACUGCAGACCAAUUCUACCAAACAUUGUAAAUAUCAAUUUAAGCAAAAGAAGAGAAGGAAAAGGCUGAUUGCUGGAGUAUUAAAUGAAAGAAAUCUUUAAAAGUAACAAAGGGCAGGAAAAGAGGAAUCACCAGACACCCAGGAAUAUCCCUGAGCCAAGAAAGUACUUUAAAGUAAUAGUGAAUUGUUUUAAAAUCAGUGGUCUAUUUACCAUCUGAAAACCUUUAUCACUAAAUUUCUUUCUUUUCUGCUACUGGAAGAUUAUCCACAUUCCUCCAUAAUGAUGAGCCAGCAAGAAGUAGGAUUUUCGUACAGCCAAGCUUGCUCUUUCCAAAGGCAGAAAGUAAUACCUCAUUAACCUGGACUUUGUGGUACAGCCUUAGUUAAUGUUUACCUUGUCACUAUGUAAAAAAGAAAAAAUACUAAGCAAAUAAUUAGUGCAAAUAAAGUUUGAUCUUUUAAAGCAUUUUAGCAGUAUUUACAAGAAGUUACUCUAAAUAAGACCCUUUGUAGGCAAAACAGUUAUAGAAUGUGUAUAUAAUUAGUUAAGCGCAUUUAUUUAGAAAUACCUAAUUUUUACUUAAGUGACCCCCUCUCUUCUUAUCCAAAAUAGAUAUUUUUAUUAUGUUAGUAUAAAUAUUACUCCCUAUUUAGUCCAAAAUAGUCAGCUUUUAAGUUGUGCUGGGUGUUAACACUAAAGGCUGAUGUGCAUGUUUUUAGGCAACAUGAUCUGUGAUACAUAUUCUGAUUCCGUCUGUAUAGAAAAGUACUUGACUGUCCCUGUUUCUGUAUUAAGCACUAUUCUCUUGUAACAUUAAUUUGAUUAAUUUAAUAGCAUCUACUUUUAUAUUUUCAUUAUAGUGAUGUUUUUAAAGGCAGCAGUGUGUUCAUUUGUGCUCAGAAAAUGUGUGCCUUAAAUUCUCCACUGUAGACCCGAAGUUUGGGGAACUGUCAUUUAGUAAGUUGUUUGUGACAGGGUAAUGACCCUUUGCAUUUGACUUGAGGGAGAAAGACUGUCAGUGACCUGAGGGAUUCCUUCCCGUAAAACAGGGCCUGGUGUCUAUGAGUCUAGGGCUUUUGCAGAGGGAAUCCCAAUCAUGCAUACUAUCGGAGAAGGUCAAGCCAUAAGGAUCAGAGUCCCCUGAAAUAAAAUCAGUGAGAAGGUAUAUUCUUUUUUAUAUUAUAAAGAAAAUUUAUCUGCUACCACUAAGGGAUGACAGCAGUUCCCAACUAACAUACUAAUAGCAUGAUAUAAAGAUAUCGCUGUGAGGGCUAGGAUAUUUUGUGAGUGAUUUCUUUGUAACACUAGGUUGCAAGGGGCUAUGUUUUAACAUUUUACUUGUAAAUAUCUCCAUUUUUCUAGCAUUCCUUGCUCCAUAUUUGCUAAGAAUUGAUGUAGAAAAUAAUAGUUCACUAACAACAAACAUUGAACACUCACAGGGUAAUACUGAUUUGGGUGCUACUAGACUUUUACCUGAGAUUUGUCCAUCUCAGUAUAUCCUAAGGUAUAGUAUUCAAUCUAGUAAAUAUUAAAAUGUAUGAGUUUAAUGAAGGUUAUUUGUAUACCAUUGGACCAGAAAGCCAUGGUUAGGUUGACUAAGUGCAUUCACCAGAACUUGCUUGCUUUGGCAGUGAAUAAAUUGGAUAAAGUUCUUUUAUUCCAAAUUGUGUUUAGAAGAAACUGGGAUAAGAUUGAAAAUGCUAUUGCUGGUACUACAGAAAUACUACUAAAUUGGCUAAUUGUUAUGUCUACAACUGAUGUUUUAAGAGAAUCCUUUUAUUAAACAGUUGACAUUGAUGUGGUCAUUGAUGUGAUAUAUGUUAUUGAGAAGGAAUAUUAGCUUCAACAAUCACUUUACAACAGUACAAUCAUGAAGAACCCUGUGUGCCAGUAAUUGGUGUUUGUUGCAUUUCUUAGCCCACGUGUAUUCAUGAGAAACAAAAAUUUUAUGGGACAAAUAUUUUAAGUUACCAGUAUUUUAAGUUUUUAUAAAGUUUGGGACUUUAAAGUAUCAACAGAGGAUAUUAAAAAUAUAUGAACUUUUACUUUAGUCAAAUUACUAAAUUUCAUUGUCUUAUUUGUUAGUUUUCAUUUUCAUUGUCUUAUUUCUUAGUUUUAUGUAUUUGAAAUCUUGUGAAUUAGGAAUAUCUAUAUAAGCAUAUAGAUAUUUAAAACUUAAUGAUAACAAUAAAUGUAAUUCAGCAAUGUGACUCAACUAAAUUUUCUUUCAGGACAAGAUAUAGUUAAGUGCAUCAAAUUUAUAUAUUACUUUGUAAUGGUAAAUGCUCUAAAAAAAUAUUUAAGCUACUUCAGUUCUAUACCUCUUUUUUUCCCCACAGGACACCAAGAAAAUGUGAUGUUAUAUUAACCCUCUGUGUGAAUUUUGCCUUAUUAAACAUUGUGCCUUAUUUUAUUAAAAAUGCUUUCUUGGAAUUUGA